CAAAAACAUCUCAUUAUAAUAAUCACGAGUUUUGAAGAAUAGUUGAGAACAAGUUAGAGCUAAACACAGCACAGUUGGCUCAGAGGCUCAGUUAGCUUUGGCAACAACUUUAACACACAAUAGCAUUGCUUUACGUUUCAACACAAAGAGUCGCAAACAGUCUCAUCUGAUUUACCAAAAAAAAAGUUAUUAUUUAUCAUUUCAUUGUCUGAACUUAACAUUUGGCUAUUUAUUUGGCAUAAAAUGUAUAACAAUAUACUAGUCUUGGGAUUGUUGGCCAUAGUGUCGACACAAGCGUUGGCCAUCUCCUACCGGGACGUGAUAUUCGAGGAAUGGGAGUCUUUCAAAGUAAAACAUGGAAAGCAAUACACCGAUCAAAGCGAAGAAAACUUUAGAUUAAAAGUUUUUAUGGAGAAUAAACACAGAAUAGCCAAACAUAACAAUCGGGCGGCUAAUGGUCUUAAGGGUUAUUCACUUGCAAUGAACCAGUUUGGAGACCUGUUAUCUCACGAGUUUACUGCUCUUAUGAAUGGUUUUAAGAAGUCUUACCGAACUGAUUCGUAUAACGGAUCUUCUUAUUUGAGUCCACACAAUGUUAUGGUUCCGGCAUCUGUUGAUUGGCGAGACAAAGGAUAUGUGUCUGAAGUUAAAAAUCAGGGUCAGUGCGGAAGUUGCUGGUCAUUUUCGGCGACCGGUGCUCUUGAAGGCCAACAUUACCGCAAAUAUGGAAAAAUGAUUGAACUCUCUGAACAAAAUCUUAUUGAUUGCUCACACAGUUAUGGUAACAAUGGUUGUGAAGGAGGACUUAUGGACAAUGCAUUUGCUUAUAUUAAAGACAAUCACGGAGUGGACACUGAAGGAAGUUAUCCCUAUGAGGCUAAAGACAAGAAGUGUCGCUACAAAGCCAGAAAUGUUGGCGCAACUGAUACUGGUUUUGUUGAUAUUUCCGAAGGCGAUGAAAACAAAUUGAAAGAAGCGGUGGCCACUGUCGGUCCCGUUUCAGUGGCUAUCGAUGCCAGUCAUGAGUCGUUUCAAUUCUAUUCAAAGGGUGUGUACGAUGAGGCCGAGUGUAGUUCAACUGAGUUAGACCACGGAGUACUUGUUGUCGGUUAUGGCACGAGUCCUGCCUCUGAAGACUAUUGGAUUGUUAAGAAUAGUUGGGGCACACAAUGGGGUGACGAGGGAUAUAUCAAAAUGACCCGAAAUAAGGACAAUCAAUGCGGUAUUGCCAGCUCUGCAUCGUAUCCAUUGGUUUAAAUGUGACAAAUAUGUCUUCAGAGAUAAUGUUUAAGUCAUAUUUGAAAAUUAUUUUCCAAAGAUUUUAUUUAAUCUAAAUUUUUAAAUAUUAGACAAUUCAUACUUCAAACGUUUAUAAAUAUUUCAAUUAUAUGAAUACUUUAUAUCAAAUAUGUAAUACAUAUAACUAUAAUUUACUUUUUAAAAUGUAUAUAUUAUUGAUUUUAAUAUGAAUAUCAAGUCACAAUUUUUAUAAAUAAAGUGAUAAGGCGUGGUUCACAUAUUACGUUCGCACUUUUUAAAAAAUCUAGACCCCCUCCCUCCCCUAUGUUCGCAAUUGUUUGCAUGUAGUCAUUUAAAAAAAUUACGUUCGCAUGUCCCUAAUCGCUACCCCCCCCCCCACCACAAGAAAUAAAAUAUCUGAAUGCGAACGUUCUUAAAGUCUCUACCCUCCCCUCGUUCGCAAAAGUUUGCUUUGGCUAACCCCCUCCCCUCAAGUGUGAACGUAAUAUGUGGACCACGCCUAAUGUAAAAAAGUUUAUCUUUAAAUUUUAUGUAAACAAAUUGACUUAAAUAAUUUUAUAUUGAAUCAAUAGUAUUCAUUAAUGAUAAUUAUUUAAAUAUAUAUUUUUAACAGUCGUUUUUAUCAUAUUUUUAAAAUAAAUAAUAAAU